AUGAUCUCGAGAUCGUCCCUUGCGCGAACUGCGCAGCAGGCUGCCCGCCAGGCCUGCCGCGUCCAGCGACGAACCUACGCCGCCGUUGCUUCGACUGGAUCAUACGAGACCUCGGAUGUGACUGGCCUCAAGGUUGCCUCGCGGGAUGCUCACGGUCCUACUACAACGCUCGCUGUUGUGGCCAAGGCCGGUACUCGUUACCAGCCUCUUCCUGGCCUUUCUGUUGGCCUUGCCGAAUUUGCCUUCAAGAACACCCAGCGACGAUCUGGUCUUCGCAUUACUCGCGAGUCUGAGCUUCUUGGUGGUCAAUUGGCUUCUUCUCACUCCAGGGAGGCUGUUGUUGUCGAGGCUAGGUUUCUCCGCGAGGACUUGCCUUACUUCACCGAGCUCCUCGCUGAGGUCAUCUCCCUGACCAAGUACACAACCCACGAGUUCCACGAGGAUGUCGAGCGUGUUCUCCACGCCAAGCAGGCUGCCCUCAACGCCGACGUCGCCGCCACUGCUCUCGACAAUGCCCACGCUAUCGCUUUCCACACUGGUCUCGGCUCCUCCCUCCUCCCCAGCUCCUCAACCCCCUACCAGAAGUACUUGAACGAGGAGUACAUUGCCAGCUACGCCGACGUUGCUUAUGCUAAGCCCAACAUUGCUCUCAUUGCCGACGGUGCCUCUCCCGAUUCUCUCUCCAAGUGGGUUGGCCAGUUCUUUAAGGACGUGCCUUCUACCCCUCGAAGUGGCCAAACCCUCAAGACGGAUGCCACCAAGUACUUCGGUGGUGAGCAGCGAACAAGCUCCAGUGCUGGCAACUCUGUUGUCAUUGCUUUCCCUGGCUCCGGUUUCGACUCCGCCAAGCCUGAGCACGCUGUCCUGGCUGCUCUCCUCGGUGGUCAGUCUACCAUCAAGUGGGCUCCUGGCUUCAGCCUGCUGGCUAAGGCCACCGCUGGCACCUCCGGUCUUACUGUCAACACCUCCAACCUUUCCUACUCCGACGCUGGUCUCCUUGCUGUUCAGCUCAGUGGUCCCGCCGCCUCCGUCCGCAAGGGUGCUGAGGAAACUGUUAAGGUGCUCAAGAGCAUAGCUGAUGGCCAAGCGAGCCAGGAGGAUGUCAAGAAGGCCGUUGCCAACGCCAAGUUCAACCUUCUGAACCAGAACCAGCUCCGACAACCCGGCAUUGUCCUUGCUGGCUCUGGUAUCGUCAAUAGCGGCAAGCCUUACGACUCUGCUGCAAUUGCCAAGGCUAUCGAUGGUGUCUCCGCUGAAUCCAUCAAAACUGCUGCUAAGACUCUCCUUGAGGGUAAGGCCACCGUUUCAACUGUCGGUGAUCUGUUCGUGCUGCCCUACGCUGAGGAUAUUGGUCUACGAGUAUAA